UCGAUUGUGAGGAGCCGAGUACCCUCCCUCCCCUCCCCUCCGAUCAGAUUCCUUGUAAGUGAAGCUCACUUGCUCUCCGAGGACCAGACCUCACUGAUGACUGGGAAGCAAAGAGUACCCAGGAAAGCACUUUUACCACGGACUCUGCCUCAGGAGCACCAGCAACUCGUCUUCUAAGUAAAAUCUGUGCCCCUUCCGUGCAGACCCAAUGUCUGCUGCAAUGGAUACAGAAUCAACAUAUUCGGGAUACUCCCACUACUCAGGUCACUCCAAAAAAGCCCACAGACAAGGGAGUCGGGACAGGCACAAAUCGCCACGAAGCAAAGAUGGCAGUCGAUCUGAGAAGUCCGUCACUAUCCAGACACCUCCUGCAGAGCCGCUGCUUGGGAACGAUGCCUCUCGGGCGGAGGAGGGCCAGGAUGACAACUGGGGUGAGACCACGACAGCAAUCACAGGCACCUCUGAGCACAGUAUUUCCCAGGAGGACAUUGCCCGGAUCAGUAAGGAUCUGGAGGACAGCGUUGGGUUGGACUGCAGACGUUACCUGGGCUUAACAGUGGCAGCUGUUCUCGGACUCCUUGUCUUCCUUACCCCCAUCGCCUUCAUUCUGUUACCCCAGAUCCUGUGGCGGGAUGAUCUGGAGCCGUGUGGUACUGUCUGUGAGGGACUGUUCAUCUCUGUGGCGUUCAAACUCCUCAUUCUUCUGAUUGGAACCUGGGCUCUGUUUUUCCGCCAGCCCAAGGCAGAUAUACCAAGGGUGUUUGUGUUUCGGGCCCUUCUGUUGGUCCUCAUAUUCCUGUUUGUGUUUUCCUACUGGCUUUUUUACGGCGUUCGCAUCUUGGACUCGAAGGACACCAACUACCAAGGAAUAGUGCAGUACGCGGUGUCUCUGGUGGAUGCUCUGCUCUUCAUUCACUACCUGGCCAUUGUGCUGCUGGAGCUACGGCAGCUGCAGCCCAUGUUCACUGUCAAGGUAGUUCGGUCAACGGACGGAGAGUCGCGAUACUACAGCUUGGGGCACUUGAGCAUCCAGCGAGCUGCACUAGUGGUUCUGGAAAAUUACUACAAAGAUUUCACAGUCUACAACCCAGCCUUGUUAACGGCCUCCAAAUCCCGUGCAGCCAAGCACAUGGCUGGCCUGAAAGUCUACAAUGUUGAUGGCCCAGGUAACAACGCCUCGGGGCAGUCCCGUGCUAUGAUUGCAGCCGCGGCCCGUCGCAGGGACUCCAGUCACAACGAGCUCUACUAUGAAGAGGCUGACCAUGAGCGCCGAGUGAAAAAACGCCGUGCAAGGCUUGUGGUUGCAGUAGAGGAGGCUUUCACUCACAUCAAACGCCUCCAGGCAGAGGAACAGCAGAAAGCUCCAGGAGAGAUGAUGGACCCCCGAGAAGCAGCCCAGGCAAUCUUCCCCUCCAUGGCAAGAGCUCUGCAGAAGUACCUUCGCACCACCCGCCAGCAACAGUACCACAGCAUGGAGAGCAUCUUGCAACACUUGUCCUUCUGCAUCACCAAUAACAUGACACCAAAGGCAUUAAACCCGGGCCCAACCCUGCAGUAUGACAGGGAUCGCUGGUUCUCCAAGCAGUGGACGCUUGUCAGCGAGGAAGCGGUCACAAGCGGGUUACAAGACGGCAUUGUUUUUGUCCUGAAGUGCUUGGACUUCAGCCUUGUUGUUAAUGUGAAGAAAAUCCCCUUCAUCAAACUCUCCGAAGAGUUCAUAGACCCUAAAUCUCAUAAAUUUGUCCUCCGCUUACAGUCUGAGACUUCAGUCUAA